UUUUCUUCGAGAUAUUUUUAAUUAAUAUGCCUUCCAAUACUAAAAAAGAAUUAAAUUAUAAAAGUGCCCAAUACCCUUCUAAUAACAACAAUGAACAAAAAUUUGAAGAAAUUUCCCUUAAUUCCAACAGAAGAAAGGAAUCUAAUAUAUCACAGAAUGAAGGGGGACAAAAUUUCUCGUCAAGGUGUGAAGUAAUUUUAAAUUUUACAUAA